UCAGCUGGGUGCCCCCUUCUGCCCGCUACCCCCUCCAACGCCACCCCAUCACCAUGCACUCCUUGGACGAGCCGCUUGACCUGAAGCUGAGCAUCACCAAGCUCCGAGCGGCGAGAGAGAAGCGGGAGAGGGUGCUGGGUGUGGUCCGGCACCGCACUCUGCACAGGGAGCUGGGCCUGGUGGAUGAUAGCCCCACAYCUGGCUCCCCAGGCUCCCCACCCUCAGGCUUCCUGCUGAACCCCAAGUUUCCUGAGAAGGUGGAUGGACGCUUUUCUGCAGCCCCUCUGGUGGACCUCAGCUUGUCACCACCGUCUGGACUGGACUCCCCCAAUGGCAGCAGCUCACUCUMCCCCGAGCGCCAGGGCAAUGGGGACCUGCCUCCAGUGCCCACUGCCCCGGACUUCCAGCCACUGCGAUAUUUGGACAGUGUCCCCAGCUCCUUCCAGUUCUUCCUACCCCUGGGCUCUGGGGGGGCCCUGCAUCUGCCUGCUUCCUCCUUCCUCACACCCUCCAAGGACAAGUGCCUCUCGCCAGAGCUGCCCCUGCCCAAGCAGCUGGUGUGUCGCUGGGCCAAGUGUAACCAGCUCUUCGAGCUCCUGCAAGACCUGGUGGACCAUGAUGCCUAUCACGUCAAGCCUGAGAAGGAUGCAGGGUACUGCUGCCACUGGGAGGGCUGUGCCCGCCAUGGCCGUGGCUUCAACGCCAGGUACAAGAUGCUCAUCCACAUCCGCACGCACACCAACGAGAAGCCGCACCGCUGCCCCACCUGCAAUAAGAGCUUUUCCCGCCUGGAGAACCURAAGAUCCACAACCGGUCCCACACAGGUGAGAAGCCCUAUGUCUGUCCCUAUGAGGGCUGCAACAAGCGCUACUCCAACUCGAGUGACCGCUUCAAGCACACUCGCACCCACUACGUGGACAAACCCUACUACUGCAAGAUGCYUGGCUGCCACAAGCGCUACACAGACCCCAGCUCUCUGCGCAAGCACAUCAAAGCCCAUGGCCACUUCGUGUCUCACGAGCAGCAGGAGCUCCUGCAGCUACGCCCACCCCAACCACCACUGCCCACCCCUGACAGCAGCCCCUAUGUUAGUGGGGCUCAGAUCAUCAUUCCCAACCCUGCUGCCCUCUUCGGAGGCCCCAGCCUGCCUGGCCUGCCCCUACCCCUGGCCCCUGGCCCCCUCGACCUCAGUGCCCUGGCCUGUGGCAAUGGUGGGGGUGGUGGGGGUGGUGGGGGUAUUGGCCCUGGGCUGCCAGAUCCUGUUCUGCCCCUCAAUCUGGCCAAGAACCCACUUCUGCCCUCUCCCUUUGGGGCUGGUGGACUGGGUCUGCCUGUGGUCUCCCUCCUCACUGGCUCCGCUGGCGGCAAGGCAGAGGGGGAGAAAGGGCGUGGGUCAGUGCCCAGUAGGGCCCUGGGCACAGAGGGCUGCAAG